AUGGACGCCCUACGUCGGAUACUUGAUUCGUUGGCAAGGACAUCGGAGGGAGAUUAUGGGAACGUGCCUCGCAUCCUCAAUGUUUUCCUAACACAUCGUCUUACUGGCACCAAGGGCCUUCCAAGGAUCUUCCUCGAGUUUCUCAAUAUCACCCCACUUCAUCAACCUGGCAACAUAAGUCCCACCGCCGACCACGCCCGUCACCCCCGUAAACACAAUCAGCGGGCCAUAUCCACUCCCAUAACCCCAGCCUACACUGCCCUCCCACGGCAACCCCUCAAUCAGCGCCUCACUCAGCGGCCCCGAGACCAAAUUCCCAACGCCCCGCCCGGCAGCGAGACACGCAAACACAAUCGAGCUCUCGGCCGAGGGCUCCCUGCGCACGACGUCGCGCAUGAUGCCGGGCCAUGUACUCGUGUAGCUGCCAGCGAAGAGGCCGUAGAUGAUCGCGAAGACGUACAGCGGCCCCAGCGACAUCGAGAACCCCCAGAUCAGAAACACGCCGAUGGAGGAUCCGAUUGUGGAGACGAGGAUGCACAGCGUUACGUCGAGCUUGUCGACGACGGCGCCCAUGACCACGCAGCCGAUCACAGACGCGACGUUGAACAGGAUCACAGUCAACGCCUGCAGACUACUCGAUGCGCCGAGCAUCCCCGCGUACGUGGGGAGAUAGAUACUAGGAAGGAAGAAUCCGAGCGCCUCGACGGAAUUACACAGCUCAAAGAGCGCAAACGUGCGCGUCACGAGGAAGCGCAGGUUCGGAAUCGGCGGCUGCAUCCUGUUCCGUGCAGGCGGAACCCUUGGCUUAACGAAGUACACCAGCGGCGCGGUGAGGACGAACAGCGCCGUCGCGAAUGCUCUCAGCGUCGUGCGGAACCCCCAGCGCGUCAGCAUCUGCUCCAUCACAAUGGGGAGGACGACGCCGCCCAGCCCGGUGCCCGCCCACAUGACGCCGAACGCGAAGCCCUUGCGUCUGUCGAACCAGUCUUCCAUGAGCAGGAUGCAGGGGGAGUAGGCGAUUGA